GAGAAUUUAACAUUUACAGGAAGAAAUGUGGGAACAUCAAAGGAGCUGACAUCUAGAAGCUCCACUAGCAAACUUCAGGUAGGGACAGCCUUGGCUAAAACACCACUAAAAUGCUGACAAUCAGUCAAGCUCUGGUAGCCCUGAUUGUGUUUUUUCUAGUCAUGCAGUUUCUGAAACUGCAACAGGCAAGUAAACGCUUUCCCCCGGGACCAGUUCCCCUGCCACUUGUUGGAAACUUGUUGCAGAUGAAAUUUCAGUUUCAUCGUGAUCUCCUCAUGAAGCUGGCAAAAACCCAUGGUGACAUCUUCACUUUAUGGUUUGGAAGGACCCCCAUCAUUAUCCUGAAUGGAUUUCAUGCAGUGAAGGAUGGUCUGACCACCCACCCUGAAGAUGUUUCUGGGCGCCUAUUGAGUCCUUUCUUCAAAACAAUGGCAAAAGGAAAAGGUAUUAUGUUGGCAACUGGUCGCAACUGGAAGCAACAGAGGCGCUUUGGGAUGAUGAUCUUACGUAACCUGGGAAUGGGGAAGAAAGGUCUGGAGUACCGCGUACAAGAGGAGGCACGUCACCUGCUGGAGUACUUUGCAAGUAUGAAAGGAAAACCCUUGGAUCCAUCCUUCCCCCUUUUCCAUUCAAUCUCAAAUGUCAUUUGUGCUGUUGUUUUUGGAUAUCGCUUCCCCAGUGAGGAUGAAAAUUUCCACAAACUGCUUAAAGCCACUGAGAAUAUCUUCAGAUUUGGGGGCAGCCUCGGUUAUAGUUUGUAUGAAUUCUUUCCCUGGAUUAUGGACCACCUCCCAGGACCUCACAAGAAGGCACUCUCUUCCUAUGAGGUCCUGAAUUCUUUUGCAAGGAAGGAGAUCAGAAAGCAUCUGGAGAGAGGAAUACCAGACAACCCUGAGGAUUUCAUUGACUACUACCUGGCUGAGAUAGAAAAAGCUAAAGAUAGAACCAAAUCUGCAUAUGAUGAAGACAACUUGGCUCAUUCUGUAAUUGACCUUUUUUUGGGUGGGUCAGAGACCACAUCCACUACCCUGCACUGGGGCCUGCUCUACAUGGUGGCCUAUCCAGACAUCCAAGAGAAAGUGCAGCAGGAGCUGGAAGCUGUUCUGGGGUCUUCCCAAUUAAUCUGCUAUGAGGAUCGGAGGAAAGUGCCCUACACGAAUGCUGUGAUUCAUGAGAUCCAGCGUUUCAGCAAUAUUAUUUCAGUUGGGAUGCCCAGAAUAUGUGUGAGGAAGACAGAGUUGUUGGGGUUUCCCCUUAGCAAGGGCACCAUUGUUCUCCCCAAUAUAGCCUCUUCCCUGUACGAUCCCGAGCAGUGGAAGAGCCCUCGGCAGUUCAACCCUGGUCACUUCCUGGAUAAAGAUGGAAACUUUGUGAGUCAAGAAGCCUUCUUGCCAUUUUCAGCAGGACACCGUGUGUGUUUAGGAGAGAACCUGGCAAGAACUGAGCUCUUCAUUUUCUUCUCCAACCUGCUGCGGGCAUUCACACUCAGGCUGGGAGAGGGAGUGAAGCAAGUCAAUAUAGAGCCUGUUUUCACAAGCACAUUGCAGCCCCAUCCAUACAGAGUUUGUGCAAUUCCUCGCUAGUCUGCAAUACAUCGCAGAUGGCAGGCUGGCACACUAGACAUCUAGUUUGGUGCUGUGAAUUUCCUUUGUGAAGUUUUAAUCUUGGUGUUUUUUUCUAAUGCUGGUGUCAAUGUGUCCCAUCAACAGAAACUCUUUCAAGCUACUUGAUUGUGGGAAUGCUCAUGCACAGUUAUACUUUCAUCUUACAUGGCAGAACAUUGUGAUGAAUUUCUUGUUGCUAGGUCACAAGUAAAAAACAUAAAGGAA